AUGUUUCUUGCAUACUUCGAGCUGGACGAAGGGGCGGGCACAAUAUUCCAACCCGCUCUGGUGGGAGCACACCAUACCACAACAGGCGAUGUUUUCGAAGCGGGCAUCAAAAGGAGUUGGCAUCACCGGGAGAUCGACUACGACGACCUGACGGUGGUCCAGACGCUCCAGCCCGGGCGGCUGGAAGUUGUGCGACAUCCCGAUUUUGGCAACACGUCGGUCCUGGUCAAGUUGGGGCCAGAUGGAUAUGAGGCUGACAUGCAUCGAGAGACUGAGUUCUACCGAAUCCUCGACGGUCUUGGUACAACACCGCUUUUUCUCGGCCACAUCACACGGGGCGAUCGCAUCGUCGGGUUCGUCAGCGAGUAUAUAAUAGCAGAAGGAAAAUCGGCGGCGGUGGGAACCCAGACGGGUAGGAAGAAGGCUGCCUGCCUCGCCGCGCUCAGGCGGAUGCAUGCAAAUGGCGUUGCGCAUAGAGAUGCCCAUGGGGGAAAUUGCCUUCUGAGGGAGAAUGGGACGGCUGUGCUGAUCGAUUUCGAGUUGUCGGUGGUGAAUCCGUCUCAGGCGCAGGUCGCCAAGGAUCUGUGGGUCAUGAGCCACACAGUCCAAAUUGAAGGUGCAUAA